AGGGACUUUUAUUUUGAAUUAAACUCCCCUCAUGUCCGCUCUCUUAUUAUUGUACUCUUCACAUCCUCAGGCGGAGAAAAGAAGCGGAGAUCUGAUGGCUUUGAAAAGGAUUCAGAAGGAGCUACAGGACUUGCAACGGGAUCCACCCUCGCAGUGCUCAGCCGGACCACUCGGAGAGGACUUGUUUCACUGGCAGGCGACAAUAAUGGGCCCAGGUGAUAGUCCAUAUCAAGGAGGGGUUUUCUUCCUCACAAUCCAUUUCCCGACUGAUUAUCCCUUUAAACCACCAAAGCUUGCCUUCACAACAAAAAUUUACCACCCAAAUAUCAACAGUAAUGGAAGCAUCUGUUUGGACAUUCUGCGCUCCCAGUGGUCACCUGCCCUCACGGUAUCCAAAGUUUUAUUAUCCAUAUGCUCACUACUUUGUGACCCAAAUCCAGAUGACCCUUUAGUUCCAGAUAUUGCACACAUCUACAAAUCUGACAAAGAUAAGUAUAACAGACUGGCAAGGGAAUGGACUCAGAAGUAUGCAAUGUAACUGGACGGCAAGAUUUUGAAAUGAUUGCACAUGGACAUUAUUACUGCACACGGCU